AUGCCAUCGACCAUGGCGCUACUCCUCUUCCGGAAUGCCGACCGAUUGCACACGGGCGAGACUCUCUUCGUGAAGCGCUGGCCUCCUGCUGGUGGCCUCAAGGAGCUUCUGCAGCUGGCCGGCGAGGCCACGAAGCCUGUGGUUGCUCCAGCGCGGGCAUUGUACGAUGUCAUGCUGAAGCCGGUGAUGUCGCUGGAUGAGGUGCAACCUGGUGGUACUUACCUGGUGAAGGGCUUGGAGGGCUUCGACCCGCCAAAGCUCUUCUUCAACCACCAAGCAGCUCAGGGGCCAUCGCUUCGAACCUUGGCACGGGCGAAAGAAGCAGUGGCCGGGGACCGUGAUGUAGUGGAGCAAUUCUCGCAGGUGCCGUCCUUGGCCUCGCAGAAGACCCGGGCCUCACUUGACAGGGAGCCCCUGCCGACGGUGCAAUCUCCGCCCUGGCUGUCGCAGGAAGGAAUGCCAGAAGCAGAGCCGCGGAUGAGACAAUGGCAGGUGGAUGAUUUCAUCCAACACAAGUUGAGCUGGAGCUGUCAAGGUCCCCUUCACCGUCACUACUUCUGGGACGAGUGGACACCUGUUCUGAAAUCAUCGUACAACAGACACCAGAAGCGGAUCGACCGCUUUGCAAGCACUUCAUCCGGCUGA